AUGCUGCUGUGCGACAUUCCGCGUGAGCCUGUCCACCUCACGGAAGCGGGCCUCAGGAAUCGCACGGUGUACACCGUUCACGAGUACUCUUGGUUCAAUGUCAGCGGCAACACGGGCUCUGCUGCUAAGUACUUGCUGACUGCUUUGGCUGUGCCGUUCAGCGUGUUCUGUUGCGUGCGCGCUCGCUCCCACAUCGGCGCCCCGGCCGAGCUCACGGAGCGCCAUUCUGCCCGCGCUCGGCUCGGGCUUGACCCCCACCAGUCUCGGCGGGCUCGUGGCAUGCUGCCCCAGGCUCGCGACUUCCAGAGCCAUGCCCAAGCUGCCGGAUGGUGCAGUGCGCCGCUGUGGCUCGAGGCCGUCGCCGCCGGCCUGCUGGCGCUGCUCUCGCUCCUGUGCCGCUGCACGGGCAGAGCCUUGCUCCGCACCUGCGACAUGCGGACGCUCGUCGCCGGCCAGCUCCUCCACGUCUGCUGCCUCUUCUCCGCCUCCGCGGGCCUCGUCCUCUGGCUGAGGCUCGCCCUCGCCUUGCUGCGGUGGGCGUGCGCGCGGCAGCGGAAGGCUGCUGAGAGCUCGCCGACAGAGGAGGGGCGAUCUCGCACGGGCGAGCCGGCGCAGGGACUCGAGCUGACCUCGCGGCCCUGCGCCGAGGGCGCCCCUCACGCGGGGGCGCCGCCCGCCCGCCUCGGCUCGGCGCCCCCUCUGCCCGGGGGCACCGGGAGCGGCGCCCCCCUGCGGCGCGGGCCGAUGCAGCGCCGGAUGCGCUGGCUGGACCAGGCCCUCUCCGCGAGGUGCCUCCAGCUCGCUGUGCUCGCUGCGGUGCUGGGCACACUGGUCUUCGUCGCCGCCCGCGCCGCGAGCUACGAAGCCUUCGCGGCGGAGCUGGACCACCGCUGGGGCUUCCUGCUGGAGGGCCGCGACGCGGCGCCCCUGUGGCUGGGCGAGUUCGGCACGGACGAUCCCGGCGACCCGGAGUGGGCCCACCUUGGGCGGUACAUUAGAGAAGGAUCUGGAGUGGGCAUACUGGGCCCUGAACGGGGAAAAAUUCAUCUCGGGCAAGAGACCUUCGGGCUUCUCGAGGAGGACUCGGCCACAGUCCGCCAUGGGUGGAAGCUCCGCGACCUGCGCGCGCUGAUCCGCGCCGCAGGCCUGCUGCCACCUGAGCGGCCUUCCCCCUCCCCCUCGCCCCCCUCCUCGUCCGGGUCUUCCUCUGCUCUUGCGCGGUCGUCGAGUGCCAGGCCUGUCGCGACGCUGAGUUCCGUCGGAUUUUAG